AGAAGGGAUUUCACUCAUGCUGCCAGCGGGAGGCACAACACUGCUUCCCAAGCCAAACAUCAGUUUGUAAUCUGCUGUGUUGGCUUGGAGGCUCGACUCAGGGAUGAGGAGGAGAGAAAUGAGCAGAGGGGAAGGAUUAGAAAGACUUCAGACUUUCAGUUGAAAAAGCUGGAGUGGAAAUGGAUACCAUGGGAUGCAUCUGAGCGUUUUUAUACAUGAGGGAUGAGGCAGAAAGAAAAUCCAUCAAGUCUCAUAGUCAAACUGCUGAGUCAUGCGGUGACGUUUGUCCAAAUGUUGUGUGAAACCACACCACAGUCAGCCUGUAUCCUUUAGCAUCCUGCUCUGCUCUGGAGGUGGGGAGGAAGAGUUUCACUGUUGACACCAGCAGCCGGUGGCGUUCGAAUUUAAUGACUCGUCUGACGCAAGAAGAAAAACAGCUCAAUGAGCCGAUAAAGGUAUGGUCCAGUGCUGAUGGCGCACUCUGAGCUGUUUGUGACGAGAGCUCCCCCUGUGGUGGAGGGGAGUGCUGUGGAGCUCAAUGCUCUGGGCUUCCUGGUAUCCUUUGGGGAAGAAAACAGCACAGCUGAGAGAUGCUACCGCUCCCACUCCCGCAGCAGCGUCCUCCAGGGUCUGCCAUUUGGGGGGGUGCCCACGGUCCUCGCCAUCAAUGUGGUGCUCUGGAUGUUCCUGUUGCUCAUCUUCUCCUGUCUGAGAAAGGCUGCUUGGGACUACGGCCGCCUGGCUCUGCUGAUGGAGAAUGACAGUCUCACAUCCCUGUUUUAUGGAGAACCAAGUGAGAAAGAGAAGUCACCCUCAGAGUCCAGCCCCUCUGACUCUGAGACCAAGGACAUGGGCUUCUGCUCGUGGCUCUCAUCUCUUUACCAUAUGAAGGACGAGGAGAUCCGUAGCAAAUGCGGCAUCGACGCCGUCACAUACCUGUCCUUCCAGCGCCACAUCAUCCUGCUCAUGACAGUAGUUUGCUUGCUGUCUUUGGCCGCGAUCCUGCCGGUCAACUUUUCCGGGAGCCUCCUGGGAGACAGUCCUGAAAACUUCGGAAGAACAACACUGGCUAACGUUAGUGCAAACGGUGUUUUUGUGGCCGACAGGGACAGCUUUCUCUGGCUCCACAGCAUCUUAGCCCUGGUUUACUUCAUCAUCACGUUGCUGUGCAUGGCUCACCACUCGAUACGGCUGGAGUACAGGGAGGACGAGAAGAUAGCCAGGACACUGAUGAUUACCUCCAUACCCAGAGAGAUCUCUGACCCAGGACUCAUCACCAAACAUUUCCAUGAGGCCUACCCCAGCUGCACUGUCACUGACAUCCGUUUCUGCUUCGAUGUCCACAAGCUGAUGAGGCUGGACCUGGAGAGACGCAAAGCGAUGAAAGGCAGGCUGUAUUUUGCCACAAAAUCCCAAAAGGAGGGGAAGAUCAUGAUCAAGACCCAUCCGUGUGCUCAGAUAUUCUGCUGCGACAUCUGCGGCUUUGAAAAGGUGGAUGCAGAACAGUACUACAGUGAGUUAGAGGAAAAGCGGACUGACGAGUUUAACGCUGAGAAGAAUCGCAUCUCCAUGAAGAGGCUUGGCAUCGCCUUUGUGACUUUCCGUGAUGAGAGGAUGACUGCUGUGAUUGUGAAGGACUACAGUCUUGUGCGCUGCCGUUGCAGACCCCAGCAGUCCAGCAUCACCACUGUGGUGCAGUCUCACAAAUGGGGGGUCAGCUAUGCACCUGCUCCCAGUGACAUCAUCUGGGAAAACCUGUCAGUGUGUGGAUCUCGCUGGUGGCUCCGCUGCGUCCUCCUUAACAUCCUCCUCUUCCUGCUGCUCUUCUUCCUCACCACUCCUGCCAUCAUCGUCAACACCAUGGACAAGUUCAACGUGACCAAGCCUGUGGAGAGUUUGCGGAGCCCUGUCAUUACCCAGUUCUUCCCCACCCUCCUGCUGUGGGCGUUUUCGGUGCUCCUGCCCUUCAUCGUCUACUACUCAGCCUUCUUUGAGUCCCACUGGACCAGAUCCGGUGAGAACCAAGUAACGAUGCACAAGUGCUUUUUACUGCUGGUCUUCAUGGUCAUCAUCCUGCCCUCACUUGGUCUAUCCAGUCUGGACCUGUUCUUCACCUGGCUGUUUGAUAUCAACUUCCUGGAUGAGAAGAAUGUCAAAUUUCAGUGUGUGUUUCUUCCUGACAACGGUGCAUUCUUUGUAAACUACGUGAUCACGUCCAGCCUGAUUGGCACAUCUAUGGAGCUGCUUCGUAUCCCGGCACUGACGGUGUACGCCCUCCGCCUCUGCUUUGCAAAGUCCCAGGCUGAGCGCAUUCAUGUCAAACGGAGUCAGGCCUAUGAGUUCCAGUUUGGCCUGGAGUACGCCUGGACCAUGUGUAUCUUUGCAGUCAGCAUGACCUACAGCAUCACAUGUCCCAUCAUUACGCCCUUCGGUCUGCUCUAUGUGAUCCUGAAGCACAUGGUUGACCGAUACAACAUCUACUAUGCAUACGUUCCCACUAAACUAAACCAGCGGAUCCAUAGAGCAGCCAUCAGCCAGGUCAUCAUCGCUCCCCUCCUCUGCAUGUUCUGGCUGCUCUUCUUCUCUGUGCUCAAAUUAGGUCCAAUGCAUCCCAUCACCCUCUUCACCUUAGUGUCCCUGCUCUCCUGUAUUGCCUUUUCCCUCUUCCGCUUGUGCCUUAGGAAGCAACCAGACAAGUCAACGAGCUACCAGAUGUCUGAUCAGCCAGCAGAGGGGACAUUCACUGAUGCAGACAGGAAUACCGUAACAUCAACCACGGCCUCCAAUCUGUUUGUGGCGUCCGUGCUGCUGGAGCCAGAGCUGGCUUUGACUCCGAUGCCCUCCCCGGCCCACCACAGCUACGGCGCCAUGGCUAGCUCCCAGGGUUCAAGCCACAACGCGGUGGAGGAGGAGGAGGGUGAGGAAGACCAUGCCCAGACCCAUGAGACUGAGCUCCAAGACCCUCCAGACCCCUGCUGCUCCAGCCCGCUCAUGGAUAGCCCUGUGGGCUACCAGUAACACUAAAUCCUGCAAGCUGAUUUCCACGUGUCCUUCACCUGGGGAACACAGAUUGCUAAAUGCUGCAAUGCUGCGUUUUUGCCACUGACCUCAGACUCCAACUUAGCUGCCUCAGACCCCGAGAUUAGACUGGGCUUGUUAGAAAGGAUGAAGAACCUGAAGGAGCUUGAGAAUACAGGAGCAGAAUCCAUAUAAACAUCACUAUAAAUGUAUAGACAUAGACACAACGGACAUGAACCACACAUCAAUCUUGAUAGAACAACUUAAAUGUACAGAUGAUUUUAGUUGAACUAUUGGAUGCUCCAUCACAGGGAUUCCAUCUUCUUCUGUGGCUUCAUUUGCAAGUUAAAAAGGUUAAAAGUAAUUGAAAUGAAUGGGGUGGAAUUGCCUUUGGGUAUCUAUCAGAGAUACUCUGUCCAUGCAGUGCCACUUGGACAUGAGCGGAGGUGAAAGUUUCCAUCAGAGUGGGUGGUGUGAGCAGGCUUGCCCCAGCAGACUGACAGAGUGGUCUGGGCACUGGGUGAUAUCUGGUUCCUCGGCAGCAGAGCGCAGAGAGAGUGAGGGUGAGGGCAGCUAGUUGUGAAGCCAUCUGCAGCGAGAGAGCAGACAGAUGGAGGGCCGAAUGUAACUCAGAGAUGUACUGUAAUAAAUGUACACUCUCUCCACGGAGGCACAAGCAGCUUAACUUGUACCUGAAGCUUGUUGUAACUAUUAUCAAUUCAAGGUUGCUAUUUUUGCUACAGUAUUUUUGGUGUCAUUGAUAUUGUGCUUUGGGUUGGGAGCAGGUGCCACUGGAGUCUGGUCAAGGAUUUGCAGAGCUGUCCCAUUUUAAUCAGAGUAUUCCCUAAUUAUGCUGUUUUGAUUGUAUGUGACAGAAUUCUAUUUUUAUUUAUUUAUUUAUUUUGAAUGAACAGUUGAACAUUUUGGGAAAUAUUCUAAUUUGGUUUAUUGCUGAGAGUUAGAUGAGAAGAUAAAUACCAGCUAGCUACCGGCAGGAGCUUAGCUUAGGCAGAGACGGGACUAUUUCUUGGCUAGGCACAGUAACUUUGUGGAUUCUUGUUGUCCCAAGCAGACACUCCAGGACGUUUGUUGUUGUUCUAAAUAUAAAUAAGCUAAGUUAAUCUAAUGAGCUGCUAGCAGUAGCUUCACAUUUAACAGACAUGAGAGUGGUAUCAAUCUUCUUAUUUAACUCUCGGCAAGAAAUUGAACAAGAGACUCAAAAAGUAGAAGCACACCCUGGAUUUACAACAUUUUGAAUAUAUGUCAUGGAGUCUACUUUCUCUAACUUCAAGACAACAAUGGAAAUCUAGAAGAAUUCAUCCAUGUUUCUAAUUACAUGAAAUAUCGAAAGUAACUUCAGCUUGUGUUACUACUAAAGCCAUUAUAUUUAUUUAUUUUUAGUUUCAAAAAUACUGAAAACAAAAAGUAUUCUGUUACUUUAAUGGCUCAAAAUCGUUUAUUCACAUUCAUUUGUUUAGCGUAAAAUGUUUUUGUGCUAAAACGUCACAAAACAGUAAAAUUCAAAAAACACUAUUCUACACCAUGAUUUCAGUCACAGUCCACUGCAUGUCAGCUAUGUUGUAUAAAUGAGGUAUGCAUUUGUAUCCUUCUGUAUCCCUAAGUCAAGUUUCGCACAUGUUUAUCUUAUUGAUUUACAGUCAGUCUGUAUGUCUGCAAGUUUUGUAUUUUGGCGUUAUUUUUAUUUCCUCAUGGUGGGAUGAAAGUUUUUCUCAUCAAACUGAAUGUAAACUAGAUUGUAGUUUGUUUUUCAUGUCUCUUGCUGUGCCUUGAAGAAAACUCCCUUUUGUGUGACAAUCCAGCAUGGCCUGAAAUAUGCUGCAUGGACUGAAAACUAAAGAGCGGGGAAACAACCAAGUCAUGAAACACACAACAACAAACUCAAAAACUCAACAACCCAGAGUAAUUAUUUUCAUUCAACAGUCAAUUACUAGUUAAUUCUGUUAGUCAGAAGACAAGCAGUGAACUCCUUCCACAAAGAUAUUAACAAAACAAUCUUAACACAAGAUAUGCUUUCUACCUUUUCCUGAAUUGCUUUCGAUCAUGUCACAUGGUCUUCAUAAGAAGAUUAGUUUGCUCUGUUGCCAUAGGAAAAGUAUAUGUUUAAACUUUCCAAUGUUCUGUGCACUUUUAGGACUCUCAUCCAUGUUGAUAAAUGUUGAGCUUAAUCGUUCAUUUUUGACCUUAUUGAGAAGAGACCCCUUUCAAGGUCCACUUACUUUCUUUUUCUGGAGUUUUCAAGUAUGAGCCUUAGGCAAAAUCUCGUUUUAUGUCUACGUGUAAAAGAGUGUCAUAAAAGUGCUCAGUAUAAUGGAAAGUUUGAACUUCUACAGCUCUGUGACAGCUCAGUAAACUUCAUCUGCUGAUGAAGACAGUGUGACAUGGUCGAAAGUUCUGGAACAAGCAAGUAAGUGGAUCCUGGGCGAAGACUUUUUGGUAAAAUGCUGUUUCCAAGGUCAGGAAUGACAACACUAAGCUAACUUACUGUGUCUUUAUGUCACAGCAGUUGUGUCGCUUUUUUAAGAUGUUUUGUAUUGUGGCCUUGUUGGUGCCUUGUUGAUUUCAAUCAAUAUCCUUUCAGUUCUCAACUGCUGUUUUCUUUGACCAUAUAGAUCUUUGUAUGAUGUAGCUCUUUGUCAGCUUUAAAAGCUGCUUCUCUUACAUCUCUCAACACGUUUGACUAACGUUGACAGUCCUGUUGUUGAUCAGUUCAUAUCAGUCCUCUCCCAGAACAGCUGAAAAACGUCUUGUUUGUCAGUAGAGUGGAUUUCAGUACAUUUUAUGUUCUGUCUGAGAAGGUUUAUUAUAACUUUAAUCAUAUUAAAUCAUAUGCCUGUGAAGUGAUGUUUUUUUACUUUUUAUUUUCAAUUGUACUUUCAUAACACUGAUGGCAUAUUAUUUCAUUAAAUGAGAUGUAUUGCUCCAUUUUACAAGGAAUCUAAUUCUAAUUCCUCGUGCUGUAUAAAACAGAUCAAAGCUGGCAGCAGAGAGGGUCUGAAGUGGUCAGUGCAGAGAAUCAUGAAGUAAAAUCUAUUUGGAAAAAAAAAACAUCAAAGAGCAUCUCCUGUGGCUUUCUCUUCCAGAAGCUAGUUUACAGAUCAUUAAACAUGCUUUCCUUUGAAAAAUACAAAAUAAAACUUAUUAGGAUAUUCUUAGUUCUAAUGGCCAUGCAAGAAAAGGAUUGUCCAUUUUUAUGCUUAACUAGUUUUAUUGUAUCCUGUCAUGUCUGUUCAUAUACUGGGUAGAUACAUCAGCUUUCCAGACGUGUCGAUUCCUUUUUGCUCUUGGUUAUGAAAUGUGUGUCUCAUACAUGAUUUCAAAUUUGAGCCUGCUGUAAAUGUGGGUUGUAAUAUCGCCAAGGAGUUUGAGGUUAACGGACAGUUUGCCUUUGAGAUUGAUCUGUCAGGCUAACGAGUCUUCAUCUGUCAAAAGUGAAGUGCUGUGAUCUGAAAUUAAAAUUAAUUCAGCUCAAUCCA